CUUGUUAUUCUGCAAUGAGUUUUGCAUCUUUUUGGGACUGUUGGAUUUAACUCUUUCGAGCAUUUUUCCUGUGCAUCUUAUGGUUUAAAACACGUGCUGCCUGAAGAAAAAAAUGGCUCAUUCUCAAGAAUUAUCUGACAAUGUUAUUGUGUAUCCCCCGGGCUGUCGGGAGAUCAGUGAGGAAAUGGGAACAGAUGAGCUCAUUCGACGCCUGAAAUUAGAAGGCCUGAAAGAUCCGAAAGACCCAGCAUUCAAGAGAUAUUUUUAUCUUCUUGAAAACCUUUCUUAUGUCAAGUCAUUCAACAUGUGUUUUGACUUGGAGGAUUGCCAAGAGAUAUUUUGUGAGCUGUUCAAGAAGAUAUUCACCAUAGUGAAUGAGGACCACUCAAGCAAAGUGAGAGGGUUCAUGCUUGAUAUGAUGGUGCCUCUGAUAAAUGAAUCAGACUCGGUGUCUGAUAAUCUCUUGGAUAUCAUCCUCUCCAACAUUGUGGAACCACAGAAAUCCAAAGGUGUCUGUUAUCAGCUGGCCCAAGAACUAAUCAUAAAGGCAUCAGACAUGCUUGAACCAUACAUUCAAGCUUUCUUCAACAGAGUGCUUAUAUUGGGCAGGGAAGAACGCACCAUGCAUGUGUCGAAGAGAAUCUAUGAUCUCAUCUAUGAGCUGAAUCGCCUUUGUCCAAGGGUCCUGGCUGGAUACUCCAUGCACUUCCUGCUCAAUCAUCCAGAGCUGCGGAAGGACAUUACCGAUACCCUGAAGUUGAGGCAGCAUGACUCUGAUGAAAAUGUGAGGUAUCAAGUCGUCUUGGCCAUAGUGAGCACAGCCAAGAAAGAUUUCAGCAUUGUGUCUGACUCUGAGGACCUCCUGAAUUUCGUGAAGGAACGGACACUGGAUAAAAAGUUCAAAAUCCGUAAGGAAGCAAUGGUGGGGCUAGCCAUGAUCUACAGGAAGCACCUGAGUGAUCCCAAUGUUCCUCAAGCAACGAAGAAUGCUGUGACAUGGAUCAAGGACAAGAUUCUUCACGGUUACUACAUGACUUCGCUUGAAGAUCGCACCCUGGUGGAGAGACUCCUCAACACGUGCCUUGUCCCGUACCAGCUGCCUCCUGAUGAACGCAUGAAGAAACUCUACCACCUCUUUGCCACCAUUGAUGAAAAUGCUACCAAAGCCUUUGUGGAAAUACAAAAGAAUCAGCUUGUUGUCAGAAAGAGCCUUGGAGAACUAAUUGAACUGCUGGCAAAGGGACCUGGAGAUGAUGGAGACAAGGAACGUGAGAAGCAGAUUGUUGCACACGUCAAGCAGCUGGCAAAGUGUCUGCCAGAACCUGUGAAAGCAUUGGAAUUCCUGAAAAAGUUUGUAGAUCAUCUCCAGCUGAACAACCGCCUCCUCCAGAUAAUGCAGACAGCCAUUGCGUCCAAUGUUCGAUGCAAGGACUGUGAUGUUGCAGUUAAUAUGAUCCUGAAGGAGACUGGUGUUCCGGUGAUGACAAAUUUAUAUAACUCUACUGUGAAGCAGCUUCUUGAGAGGACUUCUUCUGUUAUGAUCGACAAAGAGGCACUUUUGAUGCUGAUCACUCUUGUAUAUAAGUGCAUGCGUGACACAGAGACUGCACUUGAAAUCAACAUUCCUCCUGAGGAUGCUGGGAUCAAGGGUUUGAAGCUUCUUUAUGUCCUGUCCUUCGUCUUCCCUGCUCACUUCCAGGAUGAAGCCAUUCUCACACACCUUAUUUCUUUCUUGGAGAUUGAUGAGGAUGAGAUUCCUCCUCUAAUCCUUUCCAUCCUUUCCCAUGUUGGGAAAUACAAGCCGAUUGCUGAGAAUUUUCCUAAUCUGAUGGAGGCCUUGAUUCCUAUCUGCACUCAAUAUGCAGUCAAUGGCUUGCCAAAGCAAGCCAAGCAUGCUGUGCGUUGUCUUGGGAGCAACAUUCUUCCUGCUCAAGUUGAUACUUUUUCUAACAUCCUCGAGAAAAUCAAGGAUAACUUGGAUAUUGGGAAUCCAUCCUUGCGCACAGCUUUAGUAUCCCUUGGCCAUAUUGCUCUGCACCUGCCUGAUCAGUUUCGGGUCCAGAUCAAGAACAUUGUUUCACGAAAGGUUGUAAGGGAUCUGCUAAUCCGAGAACAAGAUGGGGAAUCCCCUCUCAAGGAUGUUGGCACUUGGUGUGAUGAGGAGGACAUUCCAGAGGAGACCAGGUGCAAGAUGGAGGGGAUGAAAGUGAUGGCCCGGUGGCUUCUCGGCCUAAAGAAUGAUGUGAUUUCUGCCCAAAAAACAUUCCGCAUGCUGAAUGCAUUUAUCUUGCAUCGUGGUGAUCUUGCCUCAAAAGGAAAACUGAGUGAGGCUGAGAAGUCAUGGCUACGACUGAAUGCAGGCUGUGCUAUGCUGAAGAUCUGUGAACAGAAGGGUGUUGGGGAUCAGUAUACUGCGGAACAAUUCUAUAACCUCUCUCUUUUAAUCAUGGAUGAGGUUCCUCAAGUGAGGGUUCGUUUCCUUGGGAAGCUACAAAAGGGCUUGGCCCGUGGCAUGACAAGAGGGACGAUGGGGCGGUGCCUCCCACUUGACUUCAUGGGCUACUAUGUGCUCCUGGGGAAGGAGCCUGAUAAGAUGCUCAAGGCCAAGGCUCGCAAUUACAUGCUGGUCAAUGUCACCAAGAGGCGGGAGUAUAUCAAGGGACUCAUGCUUGGAGGAGACAAGAUUGCUGACCAACUUCCUCACCUCCUGCCAGACUUCAUGCUGGUGUUUUCAGUGGCAGUGCUUGCUCAUGAUCCCGGUUUCACUGAUCCUAACGAUGUGAAUCAGCUCCUCCUGUGCCGUUCUUGCCUCCUUUUCAUCAUGGAGCCUCUCCUCCACAAGAAUGAGAACUUUUGCUUCUCCUGGUAUAAGACCAUCAUUGAGAGGAUGAAAAAUUGCAUUGAUGCAGUCAAGCCACAGGAUGAAACUGCAAACCUUAAGCUUUGGAGUCUAUGUGAUCUUGCAACGGGGAUACUGUUGUCCAAGGCCACCAGCUAUGAGAUGAAGGACUUCUUUGUGGAACCCAAGAUCCCAACCCUAUACUUUCGUGCUUCCUCAUACCCUGACUUUUCCAACACCAAGAUCUACAUUCCCAAAGAGCUACAGCAGUUGGCUAACAAGCCUCCAACUGUGAUCAGCCUAGGGAGUCUGGCCAAUCGAAGAGUUCGGGCACGAAAGGAUGAUGGAAAUGAACAGGGGCGACAGACUCAGGCUCGUAUAGGGCAAGGAGAAGCAGGCACUGCUGAACCCAGUGUCAACCACUUCUCUACAUCUCCUCCCAAGACAUACUCCCGAUCAAGUUUGCCUGCUGACAUGGAUGAGGAAGAUGAGGAAGAGGAAGAAAGAAUCACUGAAGAAGAGGAAGAAGAAGAAUCAGAAGAAGAGUACCUUAGUAAGAGCCGAAAAGCAAAGAAGCCUACAAGUAGGGGUCGUCCACUGAGAAACACAGUUGAGGAAGAGGAAGAAGACAAAGAAGAAUCAACGCGAUCAAGGCUACAGAGGAAACGGGGGCGGAAUCAAGAUGAGGAGGAGGAAGAGGAAGAGGAGGUGGAGGAUGAUGAUGAUGAAGAUGAAGAUGAAGAUCAGGAAGAGAAAGAGGAGGAUGAGGAUGAUGAACUUGAAGAGGAGUCAACUCCUCAACCCACUAGGGCAAGACGUACUCGAGGGAGAGGAGGAGGACCUCGAGGAAGGGGAGGGAAGAGAGGAGGAGGUGGUGGGGGGAGGAGGAGAUCUAAAUCACCUUCCCCAUCCUCUUCUGCAUCAUCCCCUCCCCCACCCCCUGCUGUGCAGGGAAAACGAAAAGACAAGCCUGGCCCUCCACCCAAGAAAAAGAAGGCCCUUGCUGACCCCUCUCAAACCAAAAUCUCCAAUUAUGUGGUUAAGAAGGGGAAGCAGAAAGAACCAGAAACAUCUACUGUUUCUGAACCUCAAGCUGCCAGCACCAGGAAAGGAAAGAAAGCAGAACAAAGGCAGACCAAUAGUACAACUGUGAAGAAAGUUCCCCCAGUACAAGCAUCAUCACCUUUGAAAGGAGGAGGAAAUAGAGAAAGCUCCACUCCAGGUGGCAGGAAAAAUUCCAAUUCCUCCAAGCCUUCAUCAUCAUCUCAAGCUUCUACCCCAUCUUCAUCACUCUCUUCCUCAUCUCGCAAGUCUACUAGAAGUUCACAGCCCAUAUCAUCAUCUGCUGACUUCGAACCCCCUGAGAAGGUGAAAGCAAGAGCCUUGAGAACCAGAUCCAAAAAGUGAUUUGCUUCUGGGUGCACCUGAGAAGUGUGUUGGUACCUGACUGUGUGGCUGGUAGACUCCCCAUGCUCUUACUACCCCAUCUACUACAGAAGAGCUGAUUUUUUUUUCUAUCCUGUUUUUCUUGUUUCUGUAUCAUUACUCCAGGUGAUGAUUUUUUUUUCCAGAAAAAAUUUCGCGGUUAAUAUGACUCUGUGACAUGUUGAGUGAUCCCGUGCAUGCC